AUGACCGACCGAGGCGACAUGGCGUCUGUGGCGGCGAGCGCACCGAUGGAGGGCGACGGUGAAGCCCUUGUGUCUGUCCUGUGCGUAGAGGCCACCUACAAGACACAGAAAGUGUUCGAUAGGGCGCUCUCGGCGGCCGCGGCCGGCAGUGCGGCGGCGACAGAGGAACUGCGCAAGCUCCCUGGCAUGCAGCUCUGCAUGUCACCCGACACGCCCAUCCAUGCUAUUCGGGCUUUCUUGCAAGAGCAGGAAGCCGUGGCCUUGUCGUCAAGUCACCGUCACACCACUGCGGAUGACGAGGAGCAGCAGAACACCAACUCACUGGCCCAUGCUCAUUUCUUUGUCAUUCUCAUGCCACCGGUCUCCUCGGAGGGUGCGGAGGCUGUUGAGGCUUUCCUUCCUCUCCAGGACACCGCAACCCUUCGCGACGUGCUCGCCUCCGGCCCCGUGCUGCGGUGCGCCGACGACGCCAGCGCGGACGCGGCUGAGCAGAUGUUGCUGCUGGUGUACAUGCGCGAGAGCGAGUACGGCUUAGACAGCGGCGACUUCCUUCUCGGCGCUCUCUGCGCCGGGCUCUGUGCCUGCUGUAUUGCCUUGUGCGCCUCUGGUGCAGCGCGCUCGGCUGGUGAGAAGAGGCGGCGCAGAGAGUCCGAGCAGCCGCAACAGCCGGUGUACCCGCAGCAGCCGUACUACCCCGGCAACGCUGCUCUGCCACCGAGUCCGGCCUACUACCCAGGCAACGUGCCCCCCGGCCAGGGGUACAGCUACGGCGCCCCGCCGGAGUACCCGGUGGCGCACCCGGCAUACUACAACUACAGCGGGCAGGCCCCGAACGUGCACGUGCAACCGCCGGAGGGCCAGAAGCAGGUACCGGACACCUCGACUCCACCGAACGGCACGGGUGCCCCGGCGCCACUGUGA